CUGGAGAUGGAGAAAAAGAUGCGCUGCCCUAUUGCAACUUGCAGGUUUACACGUACACCUGUGAUGUGGGCAAAAGAGAAAACGUCUACUCGACAGCUGAGAGGGUCCACAAGGAGGUCGGCGAGGUGUCUGUCCUGGUUAACAAUGCCGGCGUGGUCUCCGGGCACCAUCUUCUGGAGUGUCCUGAUGAGCUGAUUGAGAGGACCAUGAUGGUCAACUGUCACGCACACUUCUGGACCACUAAAGCAUUCCUUCCUAAGAUGCUGGAAAUGAAUCACGGACACAUUGUGACAGUUGCAAGUUCCCUGGGACUGUUCAGUACUGCUGGAGUGGAGGAUUAUUGUGCCAGCAAAUUUGGAGCUGUAGGUUUCCAUGAGUCUUUGAGCCAUGAAUUGAAGGCUGCUGAAAAGGAUGGAAUCAAAACAACUUUAGUCUGCCCUUAUCUUGUAGAUACAGGAAUGUUUAGAGGGUGCAGGAUCAGAAAAGAAAUUGAGCCUUUCCUUCCACCCUUGAAGCCAGAGUACUGUGUGAAGCAGGCGAUGAGAGCAAUCCUCACAGACCAGCCAAUGAUCUGUACACCUCGCCUCAUGUAUAUGGUCACCUUCAUGAAGAGCAUCCUGCCCUUCGAGGCGGUGGUGUGCAUGUACCGGUUCCUGGGGGCAGACAAGUGCAUGUACCCCUUCAUCGCCCAGCGGCAGCAGGCCACCAACAACAACGAGGCCAAGGACGGCAUCUGACGGGGGCUCUGGAGGGCU